UUCGCAAUCAUUGUUUUUCUUUCACACACACCUUGCUUCCUCCAUCUUUCUAUCCUCAAGAACAAUCAAAUAAUCUUCACUUUUCUCUUCCAUCUUCUUCUUUUUCCAUAACACCUUCACUUUGUAGAUCCGUUUCAGUUCUAGUAUAGUAGAGAACAAGAGUUACCUAGGGUUUACUUUUACUACUUGUUCUUCUCGUUUUCUUCUUUAGGUGUUGGAAUUUCGAAGUUCCUAACCUAACUCUCUUGUAUUGUUUGAGUUCAACUUGCACCGUAAAGCCUACUGCAGAAGAUUCAAGUUUUUUCUUUUCUAUUUUGGUUAAAAAUUAUAAAGCUAGAAAGUAUGAAAAGUUAAGAGACAAAAACAAAAACAAAAACAGAUAAUUUGGUGUUUCAAAAACCUCAUACGAAAUGAGGCCUGAUCAAUUGCAUGUUGCACAACAAAUUAGGCGUGAUAAAUUAAGGAUCCAGAAUCAAGAGUUUCCUCACAACAACAACAACAACAUAGAACAGUUAUUAUCAUUACACCAAGCACCACAACAAGGAUUCAACAUGGAUCUUCAUCAUCAACUAAGGAAUUCCAACAACAACAAUAUACUUGAUGGUGAAGAUGAUGAUGAUGGUGAAGCUGGUCUUUAUUCAUCUGAUCAAAUGAUGAACAGUUUGAAUCUGUUGCACAGAAACCCUUUGGAGUACUGUUAUGAGGCUGCUGAACCAAGUAACAACAAUAAUAGGUUGAGUUAUUAUUAUGCAAAUGAAACGAAUCAGAAUGUUUUUUUGCCUUCUGAGAUUAACCAUAGUGAUACUACUACUUCAGAAGUUGCUUCCUUAAUGCAUCAUGGUGUUUGGGGAGGUGGGAAUAAUCAUAAUUUGUUCCAUGAAAAUCAAGCUAGUUUGUGGACUAAUAGAGGUGUUGUAGUUGACAACAACAUCAUCAACAACAGCAUGGGUUUGUCUUUCUUUAAUGAUUGUAAUAAUCCUCAAGCUCAAGGUUUAUCUUUGUCACUUUCAUCAAAUUCUUCACAACCUAAACCUUCACCUUCUGCUUCAAAUUUUGAGCAAGGAUCUUUCAUAAAUGUUGUGAAACCAGUUCAUCAAGCAGAACCAAUGGGAAUUUCUUCACACAGUACUACUACAACUACAAGUAGUGGUUUUAGGAAUGUUGGUCCUCUUGGACCCUUUACUGGAUAUGCAACAAUAUUGAAAAGUUCAAGGUUUUUGAAGCCUUGUCAACAGUUGUUAGAGGAAUGUUGCUGUCAAUCUGGUGUAAACAUUGGUAAACCGUGUGAAAAUGUUCCAAAAUGGGUUUCUCGAGAUGUUGUUAAUGUUAAUGUUGAAGAUGAUGAAACUGGAAAAGGUAGUAGUAGUUCAGGUGGUUCAUGCUCUAUGUUUUAUGGUUCAAAAGAGAAAGAGAAUAGUGCUGGUGCUGCUGAUGAUGGAGGAGGAGUUGGGAAUAGUUUUUGUCUUUCAUCUUCUGCUUCUCGACCUGAGUGCCAAAAGAAUAAGGCUCAACUACUGUUCAUGCAAGAAGAGGUUACAAGAAGAUACAAGCAAUACCAUCAACAAAUGCAAAUGGUGGUUUCAUCAUUUGAGUCAGUAGCAGGUCUAAGUUCAGCUACACCAUACAUUUCAAUGGCGCUCAAGUCCCUAUCAAGACACUUCAGAUGCCUUAAAAAUGCUAUCACAGAGCAACUCAAGCAUACAUGUCAAGUAUUGGGAGAGGACUUUUCAAUACUACCACCAACCACCACAUGUAGUAGUACUAAAUUUGACAGUAGUAAUAUGACAAGGCUAAGGUUCAUGAAUCAUAGCUUACACAAGAACAGUAAUAUUGACUUUGUUGAACCUCAACAACAUGUUUGGAGACCACAGAGAGGCUUACCUGAACGAUCAGUGGCCAUUCUUAAAGCUUGGUUGUUUGAGCAUUUUCUUCAUCCGUAUCCUACAGAUACAGAUAAACACAUGUUGGCUACACAAACAGGUCUAUCAAGAAACCAGGUAUCAAAUUGGUUCAUAAAUGCCCGAGUUCGUGUAUGGAAACCGAUGGUUGAGGAAAUACACAUGCUUGAGUCAAAAGGCACAACAGAAGCACAGAAUCAGAACAAAAACAAAACCGAGCCCUGCAGAGUUGGAACACAUGAAAGGAAAUUCCAGUGUUUGGAAAUGGGGUCAUCAUCUUCAGGCAUUCACAACGUUGAAGAGCAAUGGAAUAAUAAUAUUCAAGACAAGAGAUCUAAAAUGGAAAAUGUGAUUACACCAAACAUGGAUAUGGGUUUUUUGCCUUAUCAAAAUGGAUCUGUGUCACUGACAUUGGGCCUUAGACAUGGAGUUGAAAAUGUACAACAGCAACAGUUGCAGCAGGAGGUAGAGCUUAGACACCAAUAUGGAGGACACAUGAUCCAUGAUUUUGUGGGUUGAUUAUAAUGUUUUCUAGAGAAUUGGUGAUAGAAUUGAACAAAUAAUAUUUGGAUUAGAGGCUCCAUUUACUUUUCAACUUGGCAAAGUCUGAAAAAUCGAGGUAGGUCGAGAGAAAUAGUCAUUUAGUAUCUAUGUAAGUUCGAGAUUUAAUUCAUAUAAGUCUAGUUGUCUUCCCGUGGUGUUGGUGUCGGACAAUGAUACAUGUAGUUAUAGUUAAUUAAAUCAUUUUUUAAAA